AUGUUACAAGAUGGGGAGAUAAGUGAAAAUGAUUUUGCGUCGUUGGAGUUUGUUACCGACCGUGCAAAGCGUUCAUAUCUUCAAAAAGUUCAGGCGGAACUAGAAAGAGAGCGUGAGGCUCGACAAAACAUAGAAGCCCGUUUCGAACUAUUUCAACAAGAGCGUGAAAAAGAGCGGGCCGACCAAGACAUAUGGCGAAAAAAUAUGGAAGAAAUGGUGAAAACAUCGGAAAGAAGUAAACAAAGCUCUCGUUUUGUUAAGUAUUGGAAUGUUGGAUUAGUUUUGAAUCAAAAACUUGCUCUUAAUUAGGAUUUUUUUGUGUA